AGGAAAGAAGGCUGAACUGAGGAAAACACAAGCUGAAAUCCAGCAGAUGAUGAGGAGAAGACGACUGAAGAUUCAGGAGAUCAAACGCUCAGUCGACCUCAGUGAGAAAGACGCAGACAGAGAGAUCGCAGAAGGUGUUCAGGUCUUCACGGCUCUGAUGGAGUCUGUUGAGAGAAAACUGAACGAGCUCAUCAACACGAUCAAAGAGAAGCAGAAAUCAACAGAAAAACAGGCCGAGGUUUUCAUCAAAGAGCUGGAACAGGAAAUCUCUGAGCUGAAGAAGAGAAGCUCUGAGGUGGAGCAGCUCUCACGCUCUGAAGACCACCUCCAUCUUCUCCAGAGUGUCCAGUCCCUGAAAGCUGCUCCACCCACCAAGGACUGGACACAGGUCAGCAUCCAUCCACCAUCAUAUGAGGGGACUGUGGUGAGAGCUGUGUCUCAGCUGGAGGAGACUUUUGGUAAAGAGAUGAAGAAACUGCUUGAGUCUGAGCUGAAGAGGGUCCAGCAGUAUGCAGUGGAUGUGACUCUUGAUCCUGAUACAGCAAAUCCUGCUCUCGUCCUGUCUGAUAAUGGAAAACAAGUGAAUUGUGGAGAUGUGGACAAGAAACUCCCAAAAACCCCAACAAAUGUUUCUGAUUGUACUUGUGUUUUAGCAAAGCAGAGUUUCUCUUCAGGAAAAUUCUACUUUGAGGUUCAAGUAAAAGAAAAGACUAAAUGGUCUUUAGGAGUGGCCAGAGAGUCGAUAAACAGGAAGGAAAACGUCACGUUGAGUCCUCAGAAUGGUUUCUGGACUGUAGGGUUGAAACAUGGAAAUAAAUAUGAGGCUCGUACCCGCCAUCCAGUCCGUCUCUCUCUGAAGUGUCAGCCCCAGAAGGUGGGGGUGUUUGUGGAUUAUGAGGAGGGUCUGGUCUCCUUUUAUGACGUAGAUGCUGCAGCUCUCAUCUACUCCUUUACUGGCUGCUCCUUCACUGAGAAACUCUUCCCAUUCUUCAGUCCCAGUUUUAAUUAUGGAGGUACAAACUCUGCACCUCUGAUCAUCACUCCUGUCAGAGUAAACUGAUCACUUAUCCGCUGUUUACCCUACAUGUGCUCAUCUCUCAGCACU